ACAGUGAAACACGUAAACUAUUCGCAGCUCGGUGUCAUCCAGAACAAAUCACGAAACUGAAGAGAGAAAAAUUGACAAAAAACUGUGUUAAAUUCGUCCAUUUCCAUUCUGAAUUCAGUUUCAAUUUAAUCAUUCCUUUAUAACAUCGAUACAUUUGCACACAAGAGAAGCGAGAACAAAAUGACGGAUUCAAAAUACUUUACAACCACCAAAAAAGGUGAAAUAUUUGAAUUGAAAUCGGAGUUGAACAGCGAUAAAAAGGAAAAGAAAAAGGAAGCUGUCAAAAAGGUGAUUGCGAGUAUGACAGUUGGUAAAGAUGUGUCGGCCUUAUUUCCCGAUGUCGUCAAUUGCAUGCAGACCGAUAAUUUGGAACUGAAAAAAUUGGUUUACUUGUAUUUGAUGAACUAUGCAAAAUCGCAGCCCGACACGGCAAUCAUGGCGGUCAACACAUUUGUUAAGGAUCUGCCCUCUUCGCAACUUAUUAAGGAUUGCGAUGACUCCAAUCCGUUGAUUAGAGCACUGGCUGUGCGAACCAUGGGAUGCAUCCGGGUCGAUAAGAUAACCGAAUACUUGUGCGAACCGUUGCGAAAGUGUUUACGUGAUGACGAUCCGUAUGUGCGUAAGACGGCAGCUGUUUGCGUUGCAAAACUGUACGACAUUUCAUCGUCAAUGGUGGAAGAUCAAGGUUUUCUUGAUCAAUUGAAAGACUUGUUGUCCGAUUCAAAUCCAAUGGUUGUUGCAAACGCCGUGGCAGCUCUUAGUGAAAUAAACGAAGCAAGUCAAUCGGGACAUCCAUUGGUUGAAAUGAAUUCACCAACCAUCAACAAAUUGUUGACUGCUUUGAAUGAAUGCACCGAAUGGGGUCAAGUCUUCAUCUUAGAUUCAUUGUCAAACUAUAGCCCAAAAGAUGAACGUGAAGCACAAUCGAUUUGUGAACGAAUCACACCACGUUUGGCACAUGCCAAUGCGGCCGUUGUAUUGAGCGCUGUAAAAGUGUUGAUGAAAUUAUUGGAAAUGUUGUCGAGCGACAGUGAUUUCUGUGCAACACUAACGAAAAAAUUGGCACCACCAUUGGUGACACUCUUAUCAUCAGAGCCCGAGGUUCAAUAUGUUGCAUUGCGUAAUAUAAAUUUGAUUGUUCAAAAGCGGCCCGACAUUUUGAAACAUGAGAUGAAAGUAUUCUUUGUGAAAUACAAUGAUCCAAUUUAUGUGAAACUUGAGAAAUUGGAUAUUAUGAUUCGAUUGGCCAAUCAAAGUAACAUCGCCCAAGUGUUGAGCGAAUUGAAAGAGUAUGCAGCUGAAGUUGAUGUGGAUUUUGUACGAAAAGCAGUUCGUGCUAUCGGUCGUUGUGCUAUCAAAGUGGAACCGUCGGCCGAACGAUGUGUUUCGACACUUUUAGAUUUGAUUCAAACCAAAGUCAACUAUGUCGUUCAAGAGGCCAUCGUUGUUAUUAAGGACAUUUUCCGAAAAUAUCCAAACAAGUAUGAGAGUAUUAUCAGCACAUUGUGUGAGAAUUUAGACACAUUGGAUGAACCAGAGGCACGUGCUUCAAUGGUUUGGAUUAUUGGUGAAUAUGCUGAACGUAUUGAUAAUGCCGAUGAGUUGCUGGAUGGUUUCUUGGAAGGAUUCCAAGAUGAAAAUGCUCAAGUACAAUUGCAAUUGCUUACGGCCGUUGUUAAAUUGUUUUUGAAACGACCAUCAGAUACACAAGAACUUGUGCAGCAUGUUUUAUCGUUGGCCACACAAGAUUCAGAUAAUCCAGAUUUGCGGGAUCGUGGUUUUAUCUAUUGGCGUUUACUUUCGACCGAUCCAGCUGCUGCUAAGGAGGUCGUACUUGCCGACAAACCACUCAUUUCCGAAGAAACUGAUCUACUUGAACCGACACUUUUGGACGAACUCAUUUGUCAUAUCAGCUCAUUGGCCAGUGUUUAUCAUAAACCACCGACAGCAUUCGUUGAAGGGCGCACAGGUGGCAUUCGUAAAUCAUUACCGAAUCGCACAGCAACAACCAACAAUGAAGAAAGUUCCACUAGCAAUGAAGCAACAGUCAUUCCAAAUCAAGAAUCUCUCAUCGGUGAUCUAUUGUCGAUGGAUAUAAAUGCACCGGUAGCAGCUGCACCAGCUGCACCAACCAGUAAUGUCGAUUUAUUGGGAGGCGGACUCGAUGUUUUGUUGGGAGUCGGGUCAGUACCAUCAGAUCCAAAUGCCGGUGGUUCUGGUCUCUUGGGUGAUAUCUUUGGUUUAUCAUCUGUUGCACAGCCAACAAAUGUUGUCAUUCCAAGAACAGUUUGGUUACCCGCUGAAAAAGGAAAAGGUCUCGAAAUUCAGGGUACCUUUUCACGUCGUAAUGGUCAAAUAUCAAUGGAUAUGCUUUUCACAAACAAAGCAAUGCAAGCAAUGACCGGCUUUGCAAUUCAGCUCAAUAAAAACAGUUUUGGAUUGGUACCAAGUGCACCGAUCCAAGUUGGCACUUUACAACCAUCACAAGUCAUCGAAGCCUCACUCAUACUAAACGCAACCGGUCCGGUUCAACGAAUGGAACCAUUGAAUAAUUUGCAGGUGGCUAUCAAGAACAAUGUCGAUAUAUUCUACUUUGCUUGUUUGGUUGCUGCCAAUUCGCUGUUCCAAGAGGACGGUCAGUUGGAUAAGCGUCUAUUCUUAACCACAUGGAAAGAGAUUCCGGCCGCAAAUGAGGUGCAAUACAGUUUGAGUGGUAUCGGCGGUAAUGCUGAUACAAUUUCCACAAAAAUGACAGCAAACAACAUAUUUACAAUUGCCAAGCGCAAUGUUGAAGGACAAGAUAUGCUGUAUCAAUCUCUUAAAUUAUCGAAUAACAUUUGGGUUCUUCUUGAAUUGAAAUUGCAACCAAAUAAUCCAGAUGCGACGCUUAGUUUAAAAUCACGUUCGGUUGAGGUGGCAACCAUGGUAUUCGCCGCUUAUGAAGCAAUUAUGCGAUCGGCCUAAAUCACUCACACUCCCGAAUCUAUUCCAGAGAUAGUAUCGAUAAUGAACAUUCUUCUGUCUAAAUGCAAUGGAAAGAACUCUAUCUGAGUUUACUGUAUUCGUAUUAUAAUAUUUAGAUAAAUAUAUAAUUGUUACAUUAUUUGUAUAUGAUAAGAACAAAAAGAUGAUUAAAAAUUACAUAUUCCUUCAUCAAAAAUGAAAAUCAUCGCAAAAAUAGUGUUAAAAUGCUUCAUUUCGGCGAAACUAUUGCAAAGCGAACUAUUGAAAAAAAAGAGCUGAUCAAAUUAUUAAGAAAUUGAGACACAUCAGAAAAGUUUGUUUCGCCAAUACGUAAGACCAAUUGUAAUUUCUGUUGGAAAUAAAAAAAAUAAAACACACGGUAAUUCUAAUUCAAAAUUAUA